AUGGAAGCGGCCACUGAGUAUCAAGAAAGCACUACAAUCCGCCUAGAAUGGAAUGUCGGCAAUCUCAAGAACCUCUUUGACGGAAGCAAGGGCGAAGCGAAGUCCAAAGUCACAAAGUCAAUCAAGUUUGGCGGUGAACGGUGGCAGAUACUGUUCUACCCCAAUUCGGGUGGCGUCAACGCUGAGGGGCAUUCCUUUAUUAGCUUAUAUCUAUCCUGCGAGCCUACUUCUGAGGAGAAGGAGAACGCCAUAGAUGGAAAAUGGGUCCGAGAGGGUGUCUUCAAGUUCGGCUUUGAGCUUCGAAACACCCAGAAGAACAUCCUCUUCAAUAGCAAAGAGGCCCAUGACCAUUCCUUCUCGCAUCAGACGCAAAACUGGGGAUGGGCGCAGUUCGCUCGUAGAGACAUGGUGUACUAUCUCUCCAACAGCGUAAAGCAGGUAAACGCCUUCCUGGUGAUCUGCACAAUCACUACAACCCCCUCAUCCCCUGAGCCUGCGCCGACUAUCUCUCGCCACCUGGUGCCUAAGGGCCUCUUGGAAGCAAUGGGCGGUCUGCUCGAUGACCCUGUGUAUUCCGACAUCGAGUUCAUACUCCCUCGACAAGGCAGGUCAAUGGCCCCCGCAAGACGAAUAUAUGCGGCCCGACAACUACUUAGGCGAGUAGACUAUUUUGACACCAUGUUUAAGUCGGGCUUUGCAGAAGCGUCUUUCAGCACUCUGUCUACAGACACCAGCCAUGGCGGAUCGAUUGACGCGAAUGAGACAACUGAAGUUUCGCAAGGGUCGGGAUUGACCAUGAGACAAUUCGAGGAUUCCGACGAUGAAGACGAGGACGAGGACGAUAUGAUGGUUGACACUGACAGCGACCUCGCUCCAGCUAAUUCUUCAGUCCCCGCGAGUGUCGAAGCGAGACCUGCGUCACGGUCAGUCGAGGACAACUCCUCAGACACUCUCAGCUCUUGGCAGUCCGACAUAGGUGAAUAUGGCCAGCCACAGCUGUAUGACCAACCGCGACAGGGUGAAGACCCGAACACUGAAGAGUUGCGUAAUGUUCGGCCCAAACUAUCCCAUCCUUCCACUCCGCGGAGCGUGUCCUCCAUGCUGGAACAGGACACAAGAGAUUCAGCUCCUAUUCCCCCCGCCGCUGGCCCAGCAAAGACACAUGUUGUUAUCCGGGAUGCUGCAUAUGCAACCUAUCGCGCGGUGCUGUACUAUAUAUACACCGACACGAUCGCUCUCGCCCCUCUGUCCUCCACCUUCAUGGCAUCUUCCGCGACUACACCAAAGAUGGUCGCAUCAGUGCCGGCGACGCCCACGUCGGAAUCCCAGGCCCCGGCGUUCAGCCAGCGCCCCAAUCACCAACAAGCAGAGCGCUCAACGACCAUUGGGUCCGCGACUCCGCGCUCGCGACGCGAGUGGAUCGCACAGUGGGAGAGGAACAAUGUCACCGGCAGGCCCCGGCCAUGCUCUGCGAAAGCUGUCUACAGAUUGGCGGAUAAGCUUGAUCUGCAGGAAUUGAAGCAGCGUGCUUUCCAGCACAUCGUCAAGUCACUCACGGUGGGCAACGUUGCGUACGAGGUGUUCUCGACUUUCUCCGCCGCAUUUGAAGACGUGCGCAAGGUCCAAGUACGCUUCUUCCUUGACCAUUGGAAUGAAAUCCGGGCAUCAGACGGGAUGCGCAACGUCUGGCAGCAAAUACGACUCGGGAGACACCCGGGGUUCGAAGAAGUUUGGCCUGUGAUUGCACUCAACCUUGAGUUCAAGCCGCGGUCUGUGGAGGCCGCAGAGAAUAAUGAAAAGGAAGGCUCGACUUUGUGA